GCGCAGUUGAUAGCUAUUGCUGCCAAUGUUCAAGAUGGCGCCAACCCUUUAAGAUGAUGGCAAAAUGCAGCCAGAAAAUCGCAAAUUUUAUGCGAUCGGUGGCUUGUCUGCAGGUUUCCUGACAGGAAUUUAUUUCUUUGGAAUAUUUUAUUUCCUCCUGUCCCUUGCGGGCUUGGCUGGUGCGGCCGUCGCCGGUGCAUGGGCCUACGACACCUACCAGUAUAAGAAGCGGCAAGCCGUCGCAUGGCGCCCGAAGCGGACGAGAAAAAAUUCGACACCGGAAACGUCUUACAUGAAUGGCUCUUUUGGUAACAGAACCGUUGGUAGCAGCAGCAAGAAGCCCUUCAGCCCUACCCUUAGCUUUGUAAGAACUAGGUCUCCCGAGUACGAGCUCCAGUCAUCUGCGGGACCCCUUCUCCCUUCGCCCGGGGAAGAACUUUCACUCAGCACGAUCACAAGGCGACUUACGUUCAGUACCCUUGGCAGCCCGACCAUGCCUGUUACAUCACCUGCCAGCCCCACACCUGCAGUACGGAGGUACCCCACACACCAGGCACAGUACACAACAAGAGGGACGUUGCCCCAUGUGAGAUGGCAGGGCAGUCUGGUGUCCAGAGUACUCAGUCCACAUGGCCAGAGGGGGAACAGCCAGAGUCCAGUCACUGUGAAGAUAGCCGCUCCCCCUCCCAACACAUCCCUGGUCUCCUCACCCAGUCUACUGCUCAGGCCAAGCUCAAGAUUGUCAGCUGCAGAAGAGAGUCCGUCAGCAGACCCGUGUGAUACAGAAACGGUCGUACAGGCACUACGGCAGAGGCGGAAACGAUCGCGCACUGACAGCGAGGAAGGAAACUAUGACAAGAGAAGAAGAAGAAGUUCCCUGUCAUCUGCUAGCUCCGCCUCUUCUGCAUUCAGGACCCUCCCGACCAACCAGGAGGGAGAAGCCAUCCAGGCGCAGGCCGGGGCGCUCAAACGGCCGGCACUCAGGCAGAGGUGGGAGGACAACCCAGAGGUGUUGAAGAGGGUAAGAAACGGUGCAGCCAGCCCAGCCGGCUCCUCAAGGAACGCCUUCAACAGUUCCUUCAACUCGUUCCGGCGCGGGCAGGACAGACUCGGCGGGAAGCGUAAGAUCCGCGGGUCCCAGAACACGUCCCCAGCCUCGUCCAGACUCAGUACUGCAGGGUCAGUCACACCUUCGGACAGGAACACACCUGACGCCAAGAAAGUCAAGGGGUCCAGCCCACCCAGCGAGGCAGACAGUAUACAGGAUGAGUCGUUGACAACAGCAGAAGGCACAAAACCUGCAGACACAGAGAAGCCUGCAGCAAAGGAGGGGGCGUCGGUACAGAGGGGGGGUCCGGCCAGGAGGAGGGGGGUCCUGCAACUCCAGCACGAAGGACCCAAACUGCCGCCCCCUGGCCCUGACCCAGGGUUCGAGGUCACCCGAGAGAUCUACGAGGAGGACCGUCGACGGAAGGUUGAGCGCGUGAAGCGAGUCCUCCAGGCGGCCGUGGGGGAGGAACAGCCUGCCAGCGCCGCACCAACACCGGCGGCCUCCACCAGCCUGUUCACCGCUCCUGACAAACCUCUGUUGUCCAAACCAGCUGCAGGGGCAGACUUGACGAGGCCUAGUGCAGGUCUACUCAUGACAGGCUCCAAACCUGCUCUUUCUCUUAACACUUCAGGUCUUGAUCUUGCAACAACUCUCACACCAAAACCUGCAGGUGGCAUUUCAACAGCUGCCACCAGUUUGUUGACAUCAGCAGUACCUGCUGCAGCUGCAAGCACAGCUGGAUCCACCUCUACCUUGUCAGCAAAACCAGCAGAAACAGUCAAACCUCAAAGUAGCCUCCUGCUCAAUACUACUUCCGCAGCUCCCACCACACUACUCACAGCAGGAUCAUUGACAGUGCCAGAGAAAACUGCAGCAACGACUGCAGCAGUGUCCAACUUUGCUGCAGCUUCACAACCUGCAGUCAGCACUCCGUUUAGUUUUGGUAAUCCUGCAGACAAGACUGCAUCAGCACCUGCAACUGCAGCAUCUUUGCCAUCCACAGCACCUCCACCAUACAACUUUGGAGCUCUCACACAGGGCACAGCAAUCUCCACAUCCGCAGCACUGCCGGCUGCUCCAAUCCUUUCUACAGGCACUAGCAUCAACACAUCUACCACCUCGGGUUCAAAGCCAGACGCUGGUGGACAAAAGACAACUUUCCCGUCAAUCUUUGGUCCUGCAAGCAGUAUCACCGCCUCUGUUUCGUCCACGAAUGCUUCAGCAGCCCCCCAGCCUAACACUACAGGACUGUUCAGCUUUGGAAAUCAGACGUCUACUGUUAACUCAAAACCAGACACAACCAAAACAAGCUCCAGUGUGGGAGGGUUUAAUGCAGGGUCUCUGCCGGGCCCCUCUACUGGUGGUUUUACCUUCAAUGCAAGUACAAGUACAACGACUCAAGCGACUUCCACAAAGGGUGCAACCUUCAGCUUUGCUGCUGGGGCAACGGCAACUUCAGGGUUCGGAACUGCAACAGGUACAACAGCAAGUGAGAAUGCUACGACAACACAGGGCAGCAGUAACCCCCCACAAGCUGGUUUGUUUGCGUUCGGAGGGACUUCAAGCUCCAGUACAGCCAAACCAGCUGCAGCAGGCAGCAGUGCAGGAUUCAGUUUUGGGAGCACGCAGCCAGCAACCACGGCAGCUGCGGGAUUCUCUUUCAAUGCAGCUGCAAGUUCUGCACCUGCCACGACUUCUACUGGUACAGGAAUUUUCAAUCUGUCUGGGAAAACCACUGCCUCGUCUUUGCCGGCAUUUGGACAGGCAGCCACUACUACGGCUGCUCCUGCAUUCGGACAGACCACGACUUCAUUUGGACAGCCCACAACAACAGCAGCAUCUGGUUCAGCUGGAUUUUCAUUCGGCCAGGCUGCAAAACCAGCUGCAGCUGCCACACCCUUCAGCUUUGGCGCCGCGCCCAAAACAACGGCUGCAGCCUCGUCUGGACUCAACUUUGGCUCAACAGUAACAACAACAGCAGCUGCUGGCUUUAGUUUUGGAGCAGCAACGACCACAGCUACAACAGCAGCGGCAGAGGGUGCGGUGAACGCUUUUGGAGCCACAAAACCCAGCAGUACAAGUAACGGGCCGUUUGGAGGAAGCCAGGCAACGCCUUUCCAGUUUGGUGGAACAGCGAGCACCCAGGCAUCAUCAUCGUUCUCCUUUGGACAGAAGGCAGACAGCAGUGCGCCAGCAUUCGGUGCGGGCACUACAACUGCAGCUCCAGCAUUCAGUGCAGGCACUACAACUGCAGCUCCAGCAUUCGGUGCAAGCACUAACACGGCACCAGCAUUUGGUGCCAGCACCACGUCAGCCCCAGCGUUCGGUGCAAGCACUACGACAGCUCCAGCCUUUGGCGCUAGCACAACACCUGCAUUUGGUGCCAGUACCACGCCAGCAUUUGGCAGCACAGCAACCCAACCAGCAGCCAAUGCUUUUGGUGCGUCAUCUGCCACUCCAAACCCGUUCGGAGCAACCCAGAAUGCAUUCGGCAGCACUCAGAAUGCUUUCGGAGCCUCCACAAAUGCGAAUGCAGCUCCCAUGGGGAUGACGACACAGCCAGCAUUUGGGCAGCAGAACACAGGGACUUUCGGAGCCACUGCCACAGCUACUCCUGCUUUUGGAGCGUCUUCAACACAGAAUGCUUUUGGUGCCAGCACUUCGCAAAACGCUUUUGGAACGUCGUCUGGAUUUGGUGCAGCAGCAACAACAACAGCGUCAACAGCAGGGUUUAAUUUCGGGACUGCAGCACAGUCUAGUGGGUUUGGCACCCCCCAGCAGUCCUCCGGCGUGUUUAAGUUUGGGCAGACCAACACCCCUGAGAAGCCUGCAUUCGUAGCCCAGCCUCCCGGUACACCAACACCGUCAUUCAACUUUUCUGCAGGCACCCCCGCCGGCACCCCCACGUUUGGUACGCCCGCUCAGCCGAACUUUGGCGCCUUCACCCCAGGUACACCUGGAACACCUGGCGGGUUCUCUAUCGGAUCUACGCCGUCAUCCGCCGCAACUGGAUCACGGACCAGAGAUCGUCUGAGGGCCAAACGCAGAGGAACCAAGAGAUAGGCGCAACACGUAAUAGGACAAUAUCCUUACCCACAUGUAGCUACCACCAAUACUUCAUACUGUACACAACAAUGUACAUAUACCUUGUUGCAUGAUAGUCAUUUACAUGUACAUGUAUCACAGUAGCUGUUUAAAAGCAACUGGGAAUGAUUAAGUUUCUACAGGUAAACAUGUAAUGCUGCAUCACUGUUCGUAGCUGCAAGUCACAAGUAUUACAGUGUUGUACUUUUUGCUAACCUUCCAUUUCAUUUUCCAAGAAUUUAUUUCAUUAACUGAACAUUAACACUUUCUCUCACUAGAUAGGGAAUGGUGUUUAGAGGGGACAGCAAUGCCGAUUUGUACACCAUUAGACUUCUACUAGCAAUGGUUGAGUGAUAGGAAAUUGAAUUUAAACACAAAUUUGGAAGGUUCUGCCAUAGUUUGCAGUAUGUCUAAGGCUGCAUAAACUGAAUUACUGAUAAAGGAUAAUCGUGAUCAAUCAGUAAAUUUCUGAGGAAAGAAAACAAGGUUUUAAGUUCAGGAAUCUGUGGUCUGGUAGAAUUCUAUGAAGUCUUACAAAAUAUCCCAAGUAGCUCAUCAGUUUAGCUUCUAUUGUAUUCAUUAAUACAGUAACUAUUGUUAACUGGGAAACGCAGGAUUUUGAUGGUGACCACAUCACAUUUGCUGGGUUACUUAAUGCAUUGACUUUUUUUUCUUUCAUUUUGCCUUUGAGGAUUUGGUGGAAUAACUUCAAUAAGACAGACAACAUAUAAUUUUAGGAAAAGGCCAUGAGAUGUAUCAUGCCAUACAUGUUCUUGAUAUCUUGAGUUGAAUGGGACAAAAUGAGAAUACAGAAAUUUGAUUAUAUUUUGAAAGGAAAGUCAAACUCCUCUGAAAUUAUGCAGAAUUGGCCUGUUGUUUAGACAUUAUUUUGUUCAAGGUAUAUUGAACUGCCAAGUUCUAACCCAUAGCCUGCCUACCCUACCUAUUGGUGUAAACAGUCUGUGGCAUGUAAACUUUCGCAAUAUUUGAUACGUACAUUUGUAGUUCUACCAUAGAUGUAACAUGUUAACAUGAACCUAGAGAGGGUGAGGCCGAAUAGCAAGAAAAAAGUGCCUUUGAUGUCAUAUUAUGAUACAUGAUUCAGCUCAUGUCUGGACAUGAUGCUAGACGAACAAAUGUGAUGAAUUAUCAAAAAUUGUAAGGACAAACCUGUUUUUAAGGUCCACUCGAGGCUGCACCCCUGUCUAGGUUUUAGUUUGGUUUGUCCCAUGUGUAGUAGGGUGACUAAUGUUAGUGUUAGUCCUGUGGUUGGUUGCUGACACAGUUAACAUGUAUGGUUGAUUAAUUAGCACUGUUUAAUUAGAUAACGACUUGUACAUUAAUUUGUGAGUGUUUUAUGUAAGGAGAUUUAAGAUAUAGCAAACUGUGUUUGGAGGGUGAUAUGUACAUACUUAAUACUUUAAUGGGCAAAUUUUCUUGCCACAGAGUGUGUGAGUGCGGACAAGUUUGUGAGUUUGAAUGAAAUUCUGCAUGUUUUUGACUGACUGUAUGAACUGCAGUCUGAUGGCGCCAGGUCUAUCCACCAGCAUUUAGUGCCUGGGUUGUUGAAAUUUGGGUCGUAGACUUGAACUAGAGUCUGUGAAUAGUUUCAUCAGGUUGGUGAAUGACUGAAUAGCAAAGUUCUUUAUUCACAACCACUUGUUUAACAAGAGCCGACAUUUUGACG